UUGAUGAGUCAGUGGCUGGAAGAUGUUCAUGCUAUUGAGUUCAGAGUAGAUUUAUUAACAGCGACAAACUGGGUAACCACGGCAGGUAUUCAACUCGCCCAUCUCCGUCGUUCCAAAGCACUUUCUGGAAAUGCACGUCUUCCCAUUAUCUUUACUGUUCGAACUGUUCCCCAGGCUGGAAAAUUUGACCCUGCCGAUCUUCAAACACAUGCUGAUCUUGUGAAAUGGGCUCACUUUUGGGGAUGCGAUUACAUUGAUCUUGAAAUUACUACUCUCUCUAAAGAAGUACUUCAAAACCUCCUUACUUUUAACCAUAACCUCACGGGUACUCACACCAUAAUUGGCUCUUACCACGAUCCCAGCCAUAAACAUGGUUGGACAUCAAGUACUGAAUUUGGGGACCUUUUCAAGUCAACUAUUAGCCUCUUUCAAGAACAUGAUCACAAGGGUAUUGUUAAGUUGGUCGGCGCUGCUCUCACUCUUCAGGAUUCCAUUGAUCUUGAGGUCUUCCGUUCAAGAUAUCCUUCAAAAGCACUUAUUGCUAUAAACAUGGGACCCCAUGGUAAGAUUUCGCGUGUCCUCAACCGUUUCCUUUCUCCAGUUACGCACGAAUGUCUUCCCGCCAUUGCUGCUCCUGGACAGCUCACUGCCUCUGAGAUUAUUCAAUUACGUCAAGGUCUUGGUUUGGAUUAAUCAACCUAAUAUUUCAAAACAAUAAACAAUAAAAGCCAGCCUUUUUUUUAUUUCU